GCCCAACUACCUACUCAUUAGUCCCCACACCUCAUUUCAUUCUUCUCCUCUCUCUCUCUCUCUCUCUCUCUGCUUAAGCCUUCACUCACCAGUUGUUGUUAGUUUGGUGAAACCCACCCAAUUCAUUCUUGUCCCUUAAGCUAAUUUAUUUCAGAUCCUUUUACUUAUACACCCACCAAGCGUUUGUAUUUUUUCUAGAGCUAUCUAUUGUAAUCCUUCGUUUGAAUUGUAAAGAAAGAGAACAUGGCAAGGAAGAAGAUCAGAGAGUAUGAUUCCAAGAGGCUUCUCAAGGAGCAUUUGAAACGCCUUGCUGGCAUCGAUCUUCAGAUCUGCUCUGCUCAAGUGACAGAAUCUACAGAUUUUACUGAGUUAACAAACCAAGAACCAUGGCUCUCAUCGACAAAGUUGGUUGUAAAACCAGACAUGCUGUUUGGGAAGCGUGGAAAGAGUGGCUUGGUCGCAUUAAAUCUGGAUCUAGCAGCAGUUGCCGAGUUUGUCAAAGCACGACUUGGGGUGGAGGUUGAAAUGGGUGGCUGCAAGGCACCUAUAACAACAUUUAUUGUUGAACCAUUUGUUCCCCAUGACCAAGAAUAUUACCUUUCCAUAGUCUCUGAAAGGUUGGGGUGCACUAUUAGCUUUUCAGAAUGUGGAGGCAUUGAGAUUGAAGAGAACUGGGACAAGGUCAAGACAAUAUUCCUUCCAACAGAAAAACCUAUGACCCUAGAGGCGUGUGCUCCACUGAUUGCUACUCUGCCCUUGGAGGUACGGGGAACGAUUGGCAAUUUCCUAAUGGGUGUUUUUAAUGUGUUUCAAGAUCUCGAUUUUAGUUUCAUAGAGAUGAACCCUUUUACGCUUGUAAAUGGGGAUCCAUACCCAUUGGAUAUGAGGGGAGAGUUGGACGACACAGCGGCCUUCAAAAAUUUUAAGAAGUGGGGAAGCAUUGAGUUUCCUCUGCCCUUUGGAAGAGUUUUGAGCCCUACUGAAAGCUUCAUUCACUCUUUGGAUGAGAAAACUAGUGCCUCCUUAAAAUUCACAGUUUUGAACCCAAAAGGCCGUAUCUGGACAAUGGUGGCUGGAGGUGGUGCAAGCGUUAUAUAUGCUGAUACAGUAGGGGAUUUAGGUUAUGCCUCUGAGCUUGGUAACUAUGCCGAGUAUAGUGGGGCUCCAAAUGAAGAGGAGGUUCUGCAAUAUGCUCGAGUGGUUCUAGAUUGUGCUACUGCAAAUCCUGAUGGCCGUAAGAGAGCUCUCAUUGUUGGAGGUGGUAUUGCUAACUUCACCGAUGUUGCUGCUACUUUCAAUGGGAUUAUUCGGGCUCUCAGGGAGAAGGAAGCCAAGCUAAAGGCAGCUAGAAUGCACAUCUAUGUACGGAGAGGUGGUCCAAAUUAUCAGACUGGACUAGCCAAAAUGCGUGCCCUGGGAGAGGAACUUGGAGUUCCCCUUGAGGUUUAUGGACCAGAGGCUACAAUGACUGGCAUUUGCAAACGGGCAAUUGAUUGCAUUAUGUCUGAAGCUUAGAUGAUGUUUACUUUUGAUUCAUUCAUUCAACAAUUCCAAGCACAAUAUGAAUUUGGUGUAUUCUUCAUUAGUGACCAAGUCAUGAUCCGCAAAUCAGAAUACUUUUGUUGCACUCUUGAAAUUUCCUGCAAUUAAAAAGAAACUUUUUUGGAUUUUCA